AUGGCUGCUUUACGCCAGUUCUUCAGUCUUUUGGGCCGCUGUAUGAGCAAAGAGCAUAUUGACCUUCUUUGGAGUCGGCAGGAUCAAGCUGCUCCAGCCGCAGUUGCUAAUAUUUUCGAUUUAUUCUCUGAAGUAGCUGCCUCACGUUUCAGUCAAGCUCAGCUUGAAUAUCUGCUGAGUUGGCAAAGCCUCAACUGCAGUGCCUAUCGGCAGGCUUUACGCCAAAUGCGGCGUAAUCAGGCUGAUGCAGAUGCAUCCGGAGGCCCUCGUCAUUCCUACAGUCACCAUCACCAUCAACAGUACUGUAGCCAUCAGGCGAAAAAAUUGAAAUCAUCUCAGGCAGUCUCUGGUCAGGUCUGUAGUUCCAAUACUGAUGAAAAUUCUCCCAUCUCCAAGCCUUCAGCUACGUCCUCACGAUUAACUUCAUCAGGCUGCCUGGUCGCCUCUAUGGUACUGGUAAACGAGCCAUCGAACGUACGUCACUCGCGCGCUCGUCUUCUUAACUUGAUACGCUUGAUAGGAGUUACUACUAGAGCGACAACAUCAGUUGACCUCUGUCUCCGUCUGCUCUGGCAACUGGCACACGACUUUUUGCCAUCUCAAUUCAGUCGCGACAGUCGUCCUCUCAUUACUAAUGUUAACACUCCAACUUCGGUCAGUGGCGAAACCAAGGUUCCUUCUGUCGAGAGUAGAGGGCUCGAAUCAAGCGAUGCGACUAGCGGAUCCGCAAACUAUAUCCACCCGGAGCCAAUCGAAGCAGCACUGGCUCAGCACUUGGUUGUGCUCAAGGAGUUCAAGUGUCAGGGCUUCGACCAGAGGGCAAGGGCAACUACCUGGCUGACGAAGGCAAUGGAAGAUAUAAAAUUGGUAGGUACUAUGUUGCAUCUUGGCAGUUGA